GUAAGGCAAUCAAUCUAUAUACAAAGCACUACAUAUAUAUCUUCCAUUCUUAUAUAUAUACUUCCACUGGUUUUCACUUUUUCAAAAGUUCUAAGUGUAAAAAGCAUCUUGCAUAGCAUAACAUACAUUCAAGAAACACACUCUCAUGAUGUUUAAAAAAGUAAUGCAUGUCUCCUUUAUCAUGUUGAUAUGUUUCUUAAUAAAAAAUGAUUUUUCUAAUCAAGUUCAAGCUUUAAGUGGAGCUUUAAAUGGCACAAAACAUCUUGAUGUUGAUAAUGGAAUAUGUGCAUCUUCUAUUAUCAUUCAUGGAUACAAAUGUGAAGAGAUCCAGGUUACAACCGAAGAUGGAUUCAUUUUGAGUUUGCAAAGAAUUAUAGAAGGUAAAAACGAAGUUAAAAAUGAUGCGAUAAAAAAACAACCGGUGAUACUACAACAUGGUUUAAUAUUGGAUGGUAUGAUAUGGCUUGUCAACUCUCCAGAACAGAGUUUACCUCUAAUUUUAGCUGAUAAUGGCUUUGAUGUUUGGAUUGUUAAUACUAGAGGAACAAGACAAAGUCGUCGACAUGUUAUAUUGGACCCCUCUACUCCGAUCUUUUGGAACUGGUGUUGGGACGAUCUUGUAAAAUAUGACCUACCUGCUGUGUUCAACUAUGUAUACAGUCAAACAGGACAAAAGAUUAAUUAUGUUGGUCAUUCUCUGGGAACUCUAUUAGCCUUAGCUUCUUUUUCUGAAGGAAAAUUGGUUAACCUGGUGAAAUCAACAGCUUUAUUGUGCCCCACUGCUUAUUUGAGUCACAUGAAGACUCCUAUAGGGUCUCUUGCAGCCAGAUUCUUUGUUGCUGAGGCAGCUGCACUUUUUGGUCUGGUCGAAUUUAAUCCAAAAAGUUUAAUUAUCAGAGCCCUUCAUAAGCCUCUUUGUUAUGACCCCAGAAGUGAUUGCUACUACUUGAUGACUUCAUUAACUGGCCAUAAUUGUUGUCUCAAUAUGUCAAGUAUUGACAAAUUCUGGAUAAAUGAACCUCAACCAACAUCAAUGAAGAACAUGAUACACUUGGGUCAAAUGGUCAGAGAUGGAGUUCUAGCAAAAUACAAUUAUGGAAUACCACAUUUAAACUUUGUGCACUAUGGAAACAAUACCCCACCAAUAUAUAACCUAUCAAAUAUUCCACAUGAUCUCCCUCUCUUCAUUAGCUAUGGAGGACAAGAUGCACUUUGUGAUGUUCGUGAUGUUGAGAAUUUAUUUGAUAAGCUCAAGUUUCAUGAUGUUGACAAAAUAAGGAAGCACUUUGUACAAGACUAUGCUCAUGCGGAUUUUGUCAUGGGGUUCAAUGUUAAAGAAAUAGUAUAUGAUCAUAUUAUUUCUUUUUUCAACAAUCAAGGUAAUGCUUAAUAGUAUUACAAAUAAUAUCAAGUUGUACGAGACAAAGUACGUGACAUGUGUUAUGUUGUUAUUAUCCUAAAUAAAGUAAUUACAAAUAAUAUCAAGUUGUAUG